GGUGCUCAUGUGCUCAUGCAUGGUCGGUUCCAUUGGAGUGAAUGAAGAAAAAAAAGGAGGAGAGGGAUGCAGACAGCUUACUGAUAGAUGGUUGGGAACGGCGAAAGCUUGUUCGACUCCAGCGUGUCACCAAACAGUAGACCCGUAGGUCGGAAUAUGUAGCCGAUUUUUUCCCCCUUAAACUCAUUAACUUCGCGUUGUGCAAGUGUUGGAUUAAAAAAAAUCCUCUUAAAUGGCAUCCAAGAGGCGCUGCCGCCUCGCUCCGUGCUUUUUGGGUAUCCUGCUGAAUGCUUGCAUGGGUGUGUCAUAUGGUGCGGAGCUCUCCUUCACCCUGGAGCCAAGUGACAUCAUCGCAGUGCAAGAGCAGCCCCUCAUGCUCCAUUGUCAAGUGGAUGGUAUCCCCCCUAUCACAACGCAAUGGAGGCACAACAGCAUACUUUUAUCUCAGGACCAGUAUCACACAACCUUCACCAAUGGCUCGCUUCUCAUCGGCCACUUCCUCAAGACCAAAUCUGACAACACGUCGGAUGAAGGGGACUAUGAGUGCAUGGCCCAGAAUUCUUUUGGGUUGGUGGUGAGCCGUAAGGCACGCAUCCAAGCAGCCACCAUGGCCGAUUUCCAUGUCCAACCAGAGCCAGUGCAUGCUGAGGAGUCUGGUGUGGCCAGAUUCCAGUGCCAAAUCCAUGGCCUGCCAGAGCCUCUUAUCAGCUGGGAAAAAGAUGGGCGCCCUGUUGACACCAAGGACAAGAGGUACACUCUCCUGCCUACAGGUGUUCUGCAAAUUACAGGAGUGCGCGAGGAGGACAGUGGCAAAUUUUGCUGUGUGGCUCAUAACAGUGCAGGAGUGAAACACAGUGCUGAGGCCCUUCUUUCCGUUUCAGGAUCCCAGUCAUCUGUUUACAAAGAACCAAUGAUCCUAGUUGGUCCAGAAAAUCUCACCCUUACUGUUCACCAAACGGCCAUUUUGGAGUGUGUCGCCACUGGAUACCCUCGCCCCAUUGUGUCUUGGAGCAGGCUUGAUGGACGUCCCAUCGGUGUGGAGGGUAUCCAAGUACUUGGCACCGGAAACUUGAUGAUUUCUGAUGUUGGCGUGCAGCACUCAGGAGUUUAUGUGUGUGCUGCUAACAAACCAGGGACCCGUGUGCGGAGGACUGCUCAGGGCCGUCUAGUGGUUCAAGCUCCUGCAGAGUUUAUUCAACCUCCGCAGUCCAUUGCCCGUCCUGUGGGGACUACCGCUAUCUUCACCUGCCAAGCCCAGGGUGAACCUGAGCCCCAGCUCACUUGGCUAAAGAACGGCCAGAUCCUGGAGCCUGAUGGCCAAAUCAAACUCAGGAACAACAACAGCACACUGACGAUAUACAGCAUCAGUCAGGACGACGAGGCCAUCUACCAGUGCAUCGCUGAGAACAGCGCCGGCUCCACGCAGGCCAGCGCUCGUCUCACGGUGCUCUGGGCUGACGGACUCCCCGGUGUGCCCACCAACGUGCAGGCCAAGGCCCUCUCACCUACCACCAUCCGAGUGUCUUGGAGGGAGCCCGAUCAGAACACACAAGACAUCAUCGGUUACGUGCUCCACAUCCGCAGGACGCUAGACCCAAUGGAAAUGGAGUACGAGGAGGCAGUCAGUAAGGUGACGCUGCAGCAGGUCAUCCGCGAUCUCGAGCCUUCCACCAGUUACACCUUCUACGUCAAAGCCUACACGUCCCACGGGGCCAGCAAGCCAUCGGACGGUGCCGCAGAGAUCACUCAUGGGGAAGUUCCAGCACCUCCCUCUCUCUUUGCCAAAGUUGUCAACAGCAGUGUCGUGCAAGCAAUGUGGGAAGCUUCCACCAAGAUGGGACAACACCAAGGCUUUCGGCUGUAUUACAGAAGAGCCCACACGGCAGUGUUUACUGGUCCUAUUUUCUUACCGCGCAAUGCUACCCAGUACAACAUCACUCAGCUGGAUCCUUCAAUGGUUUAUGAAAUAAAUUUGCUGGCAUACAACCAACACGGAGAUGGCAAUGCCACCAUGCGUUUUGUUUCACUCCGAGAGGCUUUGGAGAAAUCUGUUCUAGAUGCCUCCUGUGACUGUGUGCAAGAUGAACAGAGCAAAACAUCCACCACUGGCAUCAUAAUUGGUAUUCACAUUGGAGUGACUUGUAUCAUCUUCUGUGUGCUCUUCCUGGUGUUCAGCUACCGUGGCAGGUUGAUGAUGUGUAAGGCAGCUCAGGCCACCCCCCAGGCGGCACAGAGUACAGCGCUAGAAGCCUCUUCUUCCCAGGAGGGCUCUGGGCUGAACACAGCCAACAGAAGAGAAAUGGAGGUCAAUUGCAGCGCCGAAGGGAACAAAGUGGUUGACAGCAACGAGCUGGAGAGACUCUUCCCUCAAUCCAACACGCAAGACCCACACGUGGCUGACACAACCCUUUUGACCUACUCGCCAAAUGACACCCAGUUGUCCACAAUACCACUGGAUGAAUUUCAUGUGGAGCAGGACACAGAGACGCAUUUCCAAGCGUCGCCUGCGACACGAACGGCUCAACAGAACCAAGGCUAAUCAAUGUACCAAGUGUCCACUCAGAUUCUCUCUCACUCAGGUUUUCUUUUCAAAGUAGUUUGCAUUUUGUGCAAAGAUUUUUAUUGGUAAGUUAAAAUGUUCUAGAGAGUCUAGAACUCAUUUUUGGGGGACUUGUUUUUCGCCAGGCUUACCAGUUAAGUGUUCUUUACUCUCACUGUCUGGUUGUUUGUUUUUUUCUGGUGUUUGGCAGCACACAGAAGAGAGACCCCAGAUGUCCUUGUUAUACAAAGAUAAUAUCAUUUUUAAGUUUAAAAAAUAUAUUUGCAUAUAUAUAUACUGUACUGUAUCUUUAUCAUCUCUCUGUCAAAGUGGUUCUUGGACUACUCUUCUGUGGAUAUCAAAGACGCCAGCUACCUGCUGAAACAUAGCAACGAUUUCAUCUUGUUGCUCACAGAAGACCGAAACCUUCUUCCAGGCACUCAGUCAGUUUUGUCUCAGGACUUUUUUUUCCCCACCGUUGUGAAUUCUGGGCCCUCAUACAGGUUCUAGGCAUGCGUGAACCUUUUAUUCAACAAAAACCUACCUCAGCCGGAAUGAAUGUGUUGUGGGAAGCCUUUAGGGACUUUAUCUUCCCCUGUGUUCACGCUAACUGUACAUGCAGAGAAGCCGAUGGGUCAGAAUUAGAAGAUCAGGUGCCGCUCUACCUCAGAUGUCAAAAAUCCUCUCUCCUCCUGUGCUUCUUGAAGCAGAAUAAAAAACGAGUAUCCAACAUAAAGCACUUCCAAAUGUUGAAGUCAAUGUUCUACCUCAACAUAUUGUUCAUGUCACUGUUGUAGUUUAUCUUUGUUUCUGAUCUCCUCAGUUUGAAGAAUUUGCUGUCUGUGGAUACAAACAUAUUCAGUUCCACAUGCAAUAUGUCAUGUAUGUGAUGUCAUGUGCUAUUGAUUUUAGCUCUGUUGUUCCAUUUUGAAGGAUUAUUUUACUAUUGUUUUUUGUUUUACAUUUUGAGGGAAAUAGAUCCUUUAGCAGAUAGAAUAAAACACUCCUAAACGUAAGCUGCAAUGGACAUAAUAUUUUCCAGACAAUUUACUGCUUAAUGUGAUAUUUAAUGCUCAAUUGGACAACUGCAAAAUGACACAAAUUAAUGGUAUGACUGUGUGUGUAUCAAUGUAGAUGUUAUGUGCAAGUCCAAUUUUUGGUUUUGUUGUUUAGUUUUAAAAACAAGCACAAAUCUGAUUAAACUGCCAAGACGUAUUAACCACUUUUGCAAGUAUAGGUCAACAUUUUGGUCAAUCAUUUACUUACAGCAAAUUGGAUAAGACAGACAAUGGCACUUCAUUAAUUGGAUUGUGACGAAGAGUAGGUUAUUAGGUUCAGUGUAGCAGCACAUACUGGGACUUACAUUGCUCUUAUAACAAAAUGUGUGCCACCUCUUUUGGCUGCCCAAAUAAAUCCUGAGAAGCAUGCUAGCAUGCUUAAAUACACAUAACGUUCUUUUUAACCAUUGGGUUGUCAGACAAAGUCUGUUCAUGACCUUGAUUCAUGCAUUUUCUACACCAGUCCAUUUCAUCAGGGUCGCGGGUGAGCUGGAGCUUAUCCCAGCUGACCUUGGGCGAGAGGCGGGGUACAUGCAUCCAGGACCGGUAGCGAGUUGAUCGUAGUCUUUCUCACUCACAUUCACACCUAUAGGCAAUCCUUAUGUUGUUAUUUUUGAAUACUGAAGGAAUUGCCUUUCCUCGAGUUUUUAAAAUGUUUUUAAUGUUUUGGUUUUGGCAGAUUCAUUCGCUAACUUUCUCAACAUAGGGAAAAAAUUGUUUGGCCAAAAUGUUGACUUAUUCAGUGUCAUUGAAUCUUCAAUCUCAGUAAGCUUCUUACUAAAAUCAAAUGAAAAUGAAGACGUUGACGAGCCAUGAUAGUUGUUCAUCACGCUAGCCUACCUUUAACCUAUUCCACAAACCAUCACUACUGGCCUUCUGUCUUGUGUAAAUACUGGUGUCAGAAACAGAAUUAUGCGGGAUGUCAAUGACCUCUAACAAAAAGCUAAAUGGGGGAGGUGGAUGUCAUCAUUCGGCAGUUCUUGUCUCUCCACAGUUCUUGGUCCAGUGGCAUCACAGGGUCUCGCUUUGAAAUGCAUCAUGGUAAUCUACCUCAGUAGUUUCUGUUCUUUUUUUGUGUCUUUAUGAAAACAUGCCGAGUAGAAACACAACUACACUCAUAUACAGUACAAACAAAUGUAAAUACUGUAUAUGCAAAUAGUCAGCAUUCACUAGAUGGUGAAAUAGUCAGGAUGGCACACACACACACACACAUAAUGUUGAAUCCCUCUUUAAUGCAC